AUGGUAGCAUUCAUGAUCAUGCCAUUUCUACCGACUGCGACAACCAGCAAAUCAGAAAAGUGCCCUCUGAGAGAUGCCCUCCCUGACCUCCAUGAGUUGUACCAGCCAGGGAACUUCCUCCUUGGUGGGAUUGUUUCUCAGAUCGGCUAUGUGUUUUGUGACCUGAACUUCAGGAAAAACCCUUCACUGGACUUGUUUGAGGUUCCCAAUGUUGUGACUAAGUUGUACCAGCAUGUCCUGGCCUUGGAAUUCGCUAUUAGUGAGGUCAAUGCGAAUACCCAGAUCUUACCCAAUAUCACACUUGGUGUCCACAUCUCCGACAGCUAUUAUGAUGCAAGAGUGACCUAUCGCAGCUCUUUUGACCUUAUCUUCAAGAUACAUCGAAGCUUCCCCAAUUAUAUGUGUGACACUCAUAAAAACCUGAUGGCUGUCAUUGGUGGACUUUCCUCUGAUACCUCCUUUCAAAUGGCAGACAUCUUUGGUCUUUAUAAGAUUCCACAGCUCACGUAUGGUUCAUUUCCCCCAGAGGAGAAGGAUACAAAACUGUUCCAUUCCUUUUACCGCAUGGUAUCAAAUGAUGAACUUCAGUACAUGGGGAUUAUCUGGUUGCUUCAGCAUUUUGGCUGGAUGUGGGUCGGGCUGUUUGCUGUGGAUAAUGACAAUGGAGAACAUUUCUUGAAAGUCCUGGAGCCACUGCUUUCCAAACAUGGAAUCUGUUCAGACUUCACUGAAAGAUGUCCAAACACUAUUGGAGUGAACAAAAUAUUUGAUGUUAAUGAGUUAUUAUCAACUUUAUAUCGGCGUUUCACAGAAAGCAAAGCCAAUGCAUAUAUUUUCUAUGGAGAAUCAAGAACCCUUCUGAUAUUUAUCACUGGUAUGCUCCUAGGAGAUCCUGGAUAUAAAGAAAAUGCCUCCUACAGAAAGGUGUGGAUUCUGACAGGCCAGGUUGAUUUUGCAUUAGUAGGCAGUCAAAAGCACUGGGACUUCCAAUACUUUGAUGGUGCAAUUUCCUUCUCAGCUCACUCAAAUGAAGUAGCUGGAUUUCAGACAUUUCUUCAGAAUGUAAACCCUAAGUGGGAAAAAGUAGAUUGUUUUCUAGAGACCUUUUGGGAACAAGCCUUUGAUUGCACUCUUCAGAGUCCCCAGAAGGGAAUGAAGAUCCCGGAUGCAUGCACUGGGGAGGAGAAGCUAGUGAAUCUCCCAAGGGCAGUUUUUGAAAUGGACAUGAGUGGUCAUAGUUACAGCAUCUAUAAUGCAGUCUAUGCUGUGGCACAUGCAUUGUAUGCUGUGUACUCAUCCAGAUCCAUCUACAGAGCAAUUCCGGGUAGGAAAAUUAUUGAGUUUCCAGAUCUACAACCUUGGCAGCUCCAUCCAGUCCUUCAAGGCAUUGUGUUUAAUAACUCAGAAGGAGAAGCCAUGUCUUUUAAUGCAAAGAGAGAAAUGGGAACUGGAUUUGACAUAACAAACUUCAUCACCUUCCCAAACAAGUCCUUUCUUAGAGUGAAAGUUGGAAGAGUGAAUCCCAAUGCUCUUGUAGGACAAGAAUUCAUCAUUCAAAAGGAAAUGAUUUCAUGGCCAAGGAAUAUGAGCCAAGGGGUGCCCCUUUCCUUGUGCAAUGAUUACUGCCCGCCUGGCUAUCACAAGAAGAAGAAAGAAGGGAAGAAAUUCUGCUGCUACGAUUGUGCUCCAUGUCCACAAGGAAAGAUUUCAAACCAUGUGGAUAUGGAUGACUGUGUUCUAUGUCAGGAAAAUCAGCAUCCAAGCAAGGAUCAAGAUCAAUGUAUUCCCAAAAUGACAAACUUCCUAUCUUAUGAAGAACCUUUAGGGAUCUCUUUGACUUCCAUUGCUGUGACCUUAUCUGUAAUUACACUGUUGGUUCUAGGAAUUUUUAUUAAGUACCAAGAUACCCCCAUAGUCAAAGCCAACAACCGAGAUCUCAGCUAUACACUUCUGGUCGCCCUUCUGUUUUGUUUCCUCUGCUCUUUGCUUUUCCUUGGAAGACCAAGGAAGUUAACUUGCUGGCUCCAGCAACCUGCUUUUGGCAUCAUCUUCUCAGUGGCUGUUUCUUGUGUGUUGGCCAAAACCAUUACUGUGGUUGCAGCUUUUAUGGCCACCAAACCAGGGACCGACAUGAGAAAGUGGGUGGGAAGAAGACUGAGCAAUUCUAUUGUCCUUUCCUGCUCUCUUAUUCAAGUAGGUAUUUGUGUAAUGUGGCUGGGAACUUUCCCCCCUUUCCCAGAUUUAGAUGCACAGUCCAUGACUGAAGAGAUAGUGAUACAAUGCAAUCCAGGGUCUAUCACCAUGUUCUACAUGAUCCUCAGCUACAUGGGACUUCUGUCCAUUCUCAGUUUGACCGUGGCGUUUUUUGCUAGGAAUUUGCCAGACAGUUUCAAUGAGGCCAAGUUCAUCACCUUCAGUAUGCUGAUAUUUUUCAGUGUUUGGUUGUCUUUUGUUCCAACCUACCUGAGCACCAAAGGAAAAUACAUGGUAGCUGUGGAGAUCUUCUCCAUCUUGGCCUCUAGCAGUGGCUUACUAUGCUUUAUCUUUUUCCCAAAAUGUUACAUUAUUCUGCUGAGACCUCAACUGAAUCACAGGAAACAGCUAAUUAGGAGAAAUACUUAG